CUUUCUAACGGAAUUCGCUCGAUGCAAAUUCCGCUCGCAACUUUCAUAUUGGAAAUAAUUCUAACUUUCGUUUCGUUCUUUCUAGCGGAAUUGCUCGAUGCAAAUUAUGCUCGCAACUUUCGCAUUGCAAAUAAUUCAAACUUUCGUUUCGUGCUCUCUAAGUUAUUCUGCUGGUCAGCAAGAUCCUUUUCGUAGGAGGUAUUCUGCUCGUCAGAGAGAUCCUGCUCGCCGGAUAUAUUCUGCUCGUCGGCGAGGUCCUUCUCGUCGAAGGUAUUAUGCUCGUCGGAGAGAUCCUGCUCGUCGGAUAUCUCCUUCUCGUUUAAGUUAUUCUGCUCGUCGGCGAGAUCCUGCUGGUCGAAGGUAUGUUGCUCGUCGGAUAUCUUUUGCUCGUCUAAGUUAUUCUGCUCGUUAGAGGUAUUCUGCUCGUCGGAGAGAUCCUGCUCGUCGGAUAUCUCCUGCUCGUCGGCGAGAUCCUGCUCGUCGAAGGUAUGCUGCUCGUCGGAGAGAUCCUGCUCGUCGGAAAUCUCUUGCUCGUCGGCGAGAUCUUGCUCGUCGGGGAGAUACAGCUCGUCGGCGAGAUCUUGCUCGUCGGCGUGAUACUGCUCGUCAAAGAGAUCCUGCUCGUCGGAUAUCUCUUGCUCAUCGGCGAGAUCCUGCUCGUCGGAGUAUGUUGCUCGUCAAAGAGAUCCUGCUCGUCGGAUAUCUCUUGCUCGUCGGCGAGAUCCUGUUCGUCGAAGGUAUGUUGCUCGUCAAAUAUCUCUUGCUCGUCAGGGAGAUCCUGCUCGUCGGCGAGAUACUGCUCGUCGGAUAUCCUCAGCUCGUCUGAUACCUCCUGUUCAUCGGCGAGAUCCUGCUCGUCGGAGGUAUGCUGUUCGUCAAAGAGAUCCUGCUCGUCGGAUAUCUCUUGCUCGUCGGCGAGAUCCUGCUCGUCGAAGGUAUGCUGCUCGUCGGAGAGAUCCUGCUCGUCGGAAAUCUCUUGCUCGUCGGCGAGAUCUUGCUCGUCGGAUUUUUCGAAGCUCGCCUGCUCACCUGCUCGUCGGCGAGAUCUUGCUCGUCGGCGAGAUACUGCUUGUCGGAUAUCUCCAGCUCGUCCGGGAGAUCCUGCUCGUCGGCGAGAUACUGCUCGUCGGAUAUCCUCAGCUCGUCUGAUACCUCCUGCUCAUCGGCGAGAUCCUGCUCGUCGGAGGUAUGCUGUUCGUCAAAGAGAUCCUGCUCGUCGGAUAUCUCUUGCUCGUCGGCGAGAUCCUGCUCGUCGAAGGUAUGCUGUUCGUCAAAGAGAUCCUGCUCGUCGGAUAUCUCUUGCUCGUCGGCGAGAUCUUGCUCGUCGAAUUUUUCGAAGCUCGCCUGCUCACCCGCUCGUCGGCGAGAUACUGCUUGUCGGAUAUCUCCAGCUCGUCCAGGAGAUCCUGCUCGUCGGAGGUAUGCUGUUCGUCAAAGAGAUCCUGCUCGUCGGAUAUCUCUUGCUCGUCGGCGAGAUCCUGCUCGUCGAAGGUAUGUUGCUCGUCGGAGAGAUCCUGCUCGUCAGAUAUCUCUUGCUCGUCGGCGAGAUCCUGCUCGUCGAAGGUAUGUUGCUCGUCGGAGACACCCUGCUCGUCAGGAUAUCUCUUGCUUGUCGGCGAGAUCCUGCUCGUCGGGAUUUUUCGAAGCUCGUCUGCUCACCCGCUCGUCGGCGAGAUCUUUGCUCGUCGGCGAGAUACUUGCUUGUCGGAUAUCUCUAG